AUCCGCAUCCUUCUCACUCCACUCACCACUGCCACAUCCAGUCCAGCAGCUGCCGUAGCCCACCCAUCUGUCUCUCGCUCUCGAGCACUCCAUUGUGCGACCUCCAAAUCUCUGCGCUAGCCUGUGCAAGGAAACGCAUACGUGUACACGCAGCGAGCAGCGAGUAGGCGACUCACAAUGUCGAAGAAUGCUCCCAACCCUUCGCUCUUCGUUCGGAAUCUUGACAAUCGGAUAAAGAAACCUGAGCUCAAAAGACAAUUGUACGUCCUCUUCAAUGCGUAUGGGAAAGUUUUAGAUGUCGUAGCGACUCGGGCGGAUGGCAUGAGAGGUCAGGCGUUUGUCGUCUUUCAGGAUCUGGCCAACGCUACCACAGCCCUCAGAGCUCUAGAAGGGCUUGAAUUUUAUGGCAAGAGCUUGUCAAUCGAAUACGCUCGGACCAUCUCGAAAGCUACAUUGGUAGAUCAGCACGGUCCCACAGCUCUGUAUGAUCCCGUCUUGCUUUCCCAAGCCAAGCUGGGCUCCAACGGGGUGCUGAGCACAGCGAGUGGCUCCAAUAGCGUGCCCGGGCCGGGCAAGGUGACGAUCAGUUCUGCUCAGGCGGAAUCCAAAAAGAGCGGCAAGAGAGAUAGGGAGGCAGAAGGAAAUGUGGGCGAAGGAGAUGAGGCGGAUAACAAGAGAAAGAAGGUGCAGGGGGAAGAGGGUGACAGCGAUGAGGGAGAGGCUAUGCAAAUGGACUCGGACUCGGACUCGGAUGCCGAGUCGCAAGGAGAGCGCAGAAGAAAUGGCAAAGCGCUGGGAGCGCCGUUGGCAGCGCCAGGAAAGGUGCCCAACGAGGUUCUCUUUUGCGGAGAUGUACCCGAAAAGGUUACGCAAGAAGCUCUGGGAGUCUUGUUCAGCCAGCAAAAAGGCUACGUCUCGCUACAGCAUUUCCCAGCCGAGGCAUCGCGCAAGCCGCCGACGGCGUAUGCGCUCGUAGCAUUUUCUGGGACGCAAGAGGCGACAUUGGCGCUGGAAAAGAUGAGGAAUUUCAAGCUUGCUAGUGGAGAAGAGUUGAGCAUUGGAUUCGCCAAGAGGCGGUGAGGACGGCACGGCACGCAGUGAUCCCUUGCAGACUGCACGAAAAGCGCGGGGCAAGGUGAUUAUGACGCAUUUGCCGCGCUGAGCAAACACGGAAGGUGGAGUGGAGUGGGCUUCAUAUCAUGGUUCGUUGAAUCCCUGAGAUGUGCUCACGUUGUACGUACACCACGUCAUGCAAGUCAGCGUGCUCGAAUACAAUCCUUGCUUUAUCCCCUAUCAA